AUGAUCGGUGUUUGUAGGUCAUUUUACUGGCUGGCAGUUUUGGGAGUUGCUGCGUUCUGUUGCGGCGAUUCUGCUCCCGGAAACUCGAGGGCUGGGAAAUAUUUCUCAGGUAAAAACGCUAAGUUUAUUAGGCCCAACGUAGUCCAUCUCGAUUAUCAAGGGGUAGAAACGUCUGUUCCCCAAUCUAUAUCUGUAGAUGGAACACUGGACCUCGCAGUGGUAGUUUCUGGUGGCCAGAACAUGAGUUAUAGCUACGGUGAAUCAGCUAUUAAGCAACGAUUGGACAGGGUCGCUGCUCUGGCUCCUCCUUGGGUAUUCGCUCGACCCAGCCUGCAACCGAUGAACUACUCGUUACUCGUCCAGGGAGGCGAAGAUGGAUACGCUGCAGUCGUUUCGGGAAGCUACAAUAUAUUUGACCCGGAUGCUCCCCUGUCCGGCUAUUUGGAUGGAUUGCUGUCUGGUUAUCUGUUGUUCGACGCAAAUCGAUGGAAUCCACUAUUAUUAAAGACCAUUUUAGAAAACAAUAACUUCACAUACAGUAAGGAGUAUGACGGGUCAGACCUGGAAAUGCCUGCAGACUUGACAGUUGUCCUGGAUCCUAAAACUCAUUUGCCAUACCUCAUUCGCGGAUUUGAGAAACAUCCCCUCUUGGGCACAUCUACGCAUGACCUCAGAGUUUAUGAUUACAUUUUAGUCGAAGGAGUCAUGAUUCCUCAGCAUUUCAAGACGAUCUACAAUAGCCAUCAGCUGAUAGUAGACUGGGUAGUCGAUGAAGUGCAGGAAAGAUACACGAACUAUAACUACCUCGGUCCAUACGUUGGCACUGUCGACGAGCUCAAGGCGGAACAGUCGUGGUCCGAUUUACCUGGAGUAUGGGUCAUGGAGCAGCCUGGGUAUCUCUAUCGGCAGAUGCUGUUGGAACUGCAGGAAUUCGUCGUUGUUUUGGAUGCUCCCUCGCAGCAGAGCAACGACAUAAUCAAAUGGGUAGAUGAUAACAUACGUAAACCUAUCCGCAUGGUAAUCCCAACCAAUCACCAUCACGACCAUGCCAUGGGAUUGCCUGACUAUGUCAAGGUUGGUGCAAAGGUGGUAGUGCCUGAUAUGGCCAAGGAAUAUUAUCAUGGCAUUCCAAACAUGGAAGCUGGAACGUUUACGCGAGAGAAUCCUUUCAUCCUGGAGCAUGAUGAUUUUCGAGCUGCUAUUAUCCAUAUGCACGAUAACCACCAUGCUAAGGAUCAUGUUUAUGCCGUUGUGAUGCCAAGUUGCGUGUCGACUAACAGCAUUGUUGUCGUUUUCGAGGCCGAUUUCGUCAUAUCGAACAAAGCACUCGAUACCAACAAUGAUCACACAGAACUCUGGCAAUUAAUUCAGAAUAUGCAAUCUCAUCGCGUCUCUAAGCAUGCGGAGAUUGUUUCCGUCCAUGGAUUCCUUCCAAGCUUACAACUAUCCCCGUUACUGGAGAUCACGGGGCUUGCUUACCCUGACUUCACACCGAGUGACUUCAAGUAUGGCGUGUCUCGAUGCUAAUUCCAUGAUGGUUGGAAUUGGUGCCGAACGCUAUCGACUUUUCGCUAGCCGCUACAAGUGAAUUAUCAGGAUAGUCUU